GACUCGUGGGCAUCGGAUCUGCGGUUUUCGACGACUCAGAAGACGUCUUACUUCCCGCAUGUAAAGGACAAAGAGCCUGUAGCGAAAGUAGAACAGUGUUCCAAUCUUCCCCAGAACAUGAGCAACUUCGUCACCAUUUUCCUUGCUGCAGCAGCGCUGUCGGCGUUUGGGGCUGCCGAUGCGUGCCAACCGGAGAGCGUGGACCGAUGCGUGAAGGGAGUGUACGACAGCUCCAAAGGGGACCCGGCCUUCCUUCCGUUGAGCACCGAACAGCUGUCGCACUUUUGCACGAGAGUGGUUGAGGCAAGAGGCUGCAUCAUGAGGGAAUCAGAGGGUUGUCCGGACAGGGCGAGGUCAUUCCUAGAAGCCACCAUGGAAGGUCUUAAGGUCGCCUACGAAGACCUCUGCAAGAACCACCAUCUGCAAAAGAACGCUGUGUAUCUCCGGACGGCGCAAUGUAUUCGCCAGAACCCUGCCUCGCAUUGUAUGUACUUGUACAUCAACCAGCUUGACUCAAUUGUUGGCUCCAACGUGACAGCCAAAAUGCAGAUGGCCUGCUGCAACAUGCAGUUUUAUUCUCUGUGCGCCCGUGCUUCUAUCACUAAGUCAUGCGGUGAGACCGCAGCCGACCAGGUGAUGGACCUGAUCAACGGCAUGGCGCAAGCACCCAUCCUGGCCAGCUGCGGAAAUAGCAUACCCGGCUCGGAGCAGUGCCGCAAUGCGCCGUACAUCGCAGCCGACAAAGUGACGGUGCCUAAGGGCACCGUGCUUUCGCGCCAGCUCAAGAUUAUCCUAGAAGAGUCGUGAUCAAGUUCGGAGAGGAAUAAACUGGCCCGACAUCUGUGA